AAAUGGAAAAGCAGCGAUGGGAAAGUGUCAGUAUGAGAAGGCUGUGAUCUGCUUCUCCAAAGCCAUCACGCUGCAGCCUGAACAGACUGGUCUGGUGGUGGUCCAGGCCGAGGCCUUCCUGCAGCUGUGUGACUUCCAGUCAGCAGCAGCUUGUUAUAAACGGGCGUGGCUCCUGCAGCCCGGAGCGUUCAGCUCCCGCCUGGCCUUCAUCUACUACCUCCAGGGCCAGUGUUUGUUUGACCGAGGUCUCUUCCUCGAGGCUCUGGAGGCUUUCAGCAAAGCGUCUGAGGUGAAGCCGGGCUGCAGGGCCUACGAGGUCAGGAGCCUGGCCUGUCUGACAGCUGCAGGUCACCAUGGCGACUGUCUGAAGCUGGUUAAUGACUGGAUGCAGUCAGACGGUCCCACCUCGGACCUUUACGUCCUCAGAGCACGACUUCACAAACUGCUCCGCCAGACGGUCCGGUGUUAUGGGGACGUGAGGUCGGCGCUGGCGUUGAGCCCGGCGUGUCCCGAGGCCGGAGCUCUGCUGCUGCAGCUGCAGGAGAGCAGUGAGCAGGUCAGACUGGAGGCGGAGGGCCGAGCUCUGAGCGGAGCGCUGCCUCAGGCUCUCUGCAGCAUCAACAUCGCCCUGGAGCUCCGCCCCCAGGACCCCCGCCUCUACCUCUUCAGAGGGAUUCUGUACCGACGUCUCAAAGACUUCACAGCAGCCAUCGAGGAUCUGGUGCAGGCUGUGGAGCUGAGCCAGGAGCAGGAGGAGGAGGAGCAGGAGGAGGUGAGAGGUCAGAGCGAGGCCACAGACCAGCAGGAGGAGCGAGGUUCUGUGGAGGAGGAGGUGCAGCUCCAGCUGGUUCUCACCUACAACGACUUCGCCGUUCAGUGCUUCAGCAGAGGACUCUACGCCGAGGCCACGCUGCUCCUCAACAGGGCCAUCGAGGAGGAGAAGAGCCAGGCCGGCCUCUACCUCAACAGAGGAGACUGUUUCUUCCAGCAGGCUGACUGGUGUUUUGCUCUGGCUGACUACCAGCAGGCUGAGGAGAUGAUGCAGCCUGGUGACCCGGCUGUCCGGCUGCGCCUCGCUGUCCUGCACAACACGCUGGGCUCUCUCUGCUGCCAGGACGGGAGGUUCCAGGAGGCGGCGGCCAUGUUUUCUGUGGCCAUCCAGUACGACCCGUCAGCCAGUCAGUACUACGAGAACAGAUCCAAGGCCUUCAGAAAGAUCCUGAACAUGGAGGGAGCCAGGCAGGACUUCAUCUGCCUGCUGAUCCUGGAUCCCACCAACGAGGAGCUGCCUCCGAUGCUCAUGAAUCUGUUCCCCGGCUGCAGCGCCUCUGAUGUUCUGUCGAGUCCUGCAGGACGAGCAGUCAGAGCUCAGCUGGUGGACACCGUCCAGGCCUGCAGCUCCUCCUCCCAUCAGCAGAGACUGAGUGAGAAGCUCCUUCAGAUGACUCUGACCAAUGAGAGCGCAGCGAGCCCAUCACAAGCCUCGUCUGACGCAGGAAAGGAGCUGAAGUUGUGCGUUAGCCAGCAGGAGAUGCAGAUAACUGUGAAGAAUCUUCUGCAGGUUAAAGACGUGGUUCGCUCAUUUCUCCGUGACCGUCCCACCGUGCACCACACUGGGCCACGCCUCACCACACACCUCCCCCCACCUGCUCCUCCGACACCUCCUGCACCUCCGACACCUCCACCCACACAGGAGAACAGGAGCAGUCCGCCUUGAGGCUCAAGAGGAGGUCCAACAACAAGACAUGUGGGCCGUUCUGAGUCCACAGCUCAGAAGAAAAAAAACAGUUCUUUAAUUUGAAAUGUUCUUUAAACUUUGUGAUGUGUUUCUCUUAGUCUAAGGCUUUAAAUCAUUCCUCAAUGUGCUUAAACUACUGCUGUACAUUUAAUAAAUCAGUUGUUUUCACCACCGUUUAUACUUGUCCAACUUGCUCAAUUCAGUGUCAUUCUUUAAACACCUAAAUUGAAGACUAAUGUGUCAAGAAUUGACCAAAUGAAUGAUGAUGUUUUGGUGAAACU